AUGGCGGGUUCAAUUACGAGCACUGAUCGCUACCGCGUUUUGGCCAAGGCAGAAAUUGACCUCUUAUUAGUUGGAGAUGUUGCUGUUGGGGACCUGGCUGAAAUUGUACAGAGAUUAUUUUCAAAUACAGCUGAAAUCACAAUCACCAUUAGUGACGUGAAGAGUGCCUCGGUCUUUUUGGAUGAUUUCACAUUUAACAUGAUUUUCCUGAAGAUGAACUCAUUGCCAACUACAGAGGAACUAGAAGCUAUCAAAUUAAUUAGAUUUGGCAAAAAGAAAAACAUACACUUGCUGUUUGUUUUUAUAAUCCCAGAAAAUUUUGAAGAUUGUAUUUCAGGCCACGGAGCAGAUAUUAUUUUAACAGAACCACUAACAAUGGAAAAAAUGAGCAUUGUUCUAAAUUAUUGGAAAACCUUCUUUUCAAAAACUGCUAAGAAUGAAAAUAUAAUCAGAGGGGAAGACUCCAGACCAUCCCUACAGAGACCUUUUAAUGAAAGCCUAAGAGAUGGUUCCACUGAUCUAGUCCCUCAUAGUUUCAGUUCAUUAGGAGACAAUCCUGGAGUUGAACAAAAGACUUCAUUGUCUGAUUCCAGGAAAAAUAAGAAGAUUUCUCUUCUUCAUUCAAGCAAAGAAAAGCUGAGAAGAGAACGAAUCAAGGAUUGCUGUGAGCAGCUGCGAACUCUCUUGCCGUACAUAAAGGGGAGGAAGAAUGAUGCUGCUUCAAUUCUCGAGGCAACCGUUGAUUACGUGAAGUGUAUCCGAGAGAGAAUCCCUCCAAAUAUCAUGAUUCAGAUUACAAAGGUGCUUCAAAGCAACAGAAGAUUUUGCAAGAAGCAACAGGUAGCCAGCCAGCCCUUUCUUCCAAGUACUGUCAGGACACAAAGGGAAAGUAAUGUGGUGACAAGUGUGCCAUCACCUGUGAAAGAGAUCAGACUCCUGGCUAAUAAGUGCUUGAAUGUAUACUCUCUUCCUGCUUCAGAGUGCCCAUUGGAUGAAGCCCUGAAAGGUGAUGGUCAUUCUAGCUCCACCUCACAAAAUGCUGAUGAUGAUACGUAUAAGAUUAUUCCCACUGAAAUGCUUUCUCUUAAUUCUUUACAUCCUGAUCAGUCUGUCAGAUAUUAUGCCAAAGUUGUUCCUUCUUAUGAAGCCACUGCUUUGACAAAUCCGAGUUUUUCGAUUAAUUUUUCAUCAAUUUUGCCAAAAGUCUCAAGAUUUCCUUCUCACUACUACAGUUCUGCUUUGUGUCAGACCUGUCCACAACAUCACAAAUGCCUGCAUCAAUCUUGGGCAUGUUAA